GCCAUGUGGACAUUCUCAUCUCUCUCUCUAAAGCUCCCUCUGUUCAUUCUCUCUCUAAACGGUCUCUAUCUUUGAGAAAAAAAAAACCGAUGACCUCGUCUCUUUCAAGCAAUCCGGUGGUUGCUGAAGAAAGACCGGCGGAAACAUCCACAGAUCUUACAGAUACGACGACGGAAGCUCCGGAGAAGAAGGUGAGGAAAGCUUACACGAUAUCCAAGUCCAGACAGAGUUGGACUGAAGGAGAGCACGAUAAGUUUCUCGAAGCUCUUCAACUGUUUGAUCGUGACUGGAAAAAGAUUGAAGAUUUUGUCGGCUCAAAGACAGUUAUUCAGAUCAGGAGCCAUGCCCAAAAGUACUUUUUGAAGGUCCAGAAAAACGGAACCUUUGCGCACGUGCCACCCCCUAGGCCUAAGCGCAAAGCUGCUCAUCCAUAUCCUCAAAAGGCAUCUAAGAAUGCUCAAAUGUCGCUUCACGUUUCCAUGUCAUUUCCUCCAGAAAUAAGUAACGUGUCCGGAUAUGGUUCAUGGGAUGAUGAUACCUCUGCAUUGCUUAGCAUAGCCGUUAGCGAGGUUAUACUACCAAAUGAUGAGAUUGACACUCUUUGUGGAGGAGAAGUUGUUAUUGAAUCGAAUGGCUCAGCAAGUGCGGUUAGUCCUUCAGCAUCUGGUAUAGGAAGCUCAAGCAGAACUCUAUCAGGUUCAGAGGGUUUAAGACCGGUGAAUCAAGCUCCCUCACUGAAGGGUCUUCCUGAUUUUGCUGAAGUUUAUAACUUCAUUGGGAGUGUCUUCGAUCCUGACAGCAAAGGCCGCAUGAAAAAGCUCAAGGAAAUGGAUCCUAUAAAUUUCGAAACUGUACUGCUAUUGAUGAGAAACCUCACAGUGAAUAUGUCAAAUCCUGACUUCGAACCUUCUUCUGAUGCUGCAGAGGAAGGUUCAGAACACUUAAGCUCUUAGCUCUUGUUUGGGAACUCUGGCCAAGAACCAAACAAGUGAUAUAUCUUUUUGAAGGACUUCUUGCUCACAGCAACUGUGUAUAUCAGCUAUAAAGUAAGUGUGGUUUGUAUAUCAGAGUAAGGUUCAGAACACUUAAGCUCUUAGCUCUAGUGUGAGAUCGCUGGCCAAGAACUAAACAAGUGAUAUAUAUAUAUAUAUAAAGUAAGUGUGGUUUUCAUACCUCAUCCUUCCCACAUCAAUGUAAACUAGACCUUACCGCAUAUAUAAGCUUUAAUCUCUCGGCUCAGCUGCUAUAGGGAGUUACCA